AUGGCCCCCAUCAACGAGCUAGAUGAUGCGGUAGAGCUCCGCCAACUCCAGUCGGUAGCGAUACGUAGUCUACAACAUCUACCGAAUCCUCAACCCCUCACAUCUCCUCGCUUAUUUCGUCAGUUCCUCGGUUCUCAGCUACCGGAUCUUGACUUCAACUUUCAUUGUACAAGUCAUGAAAUGCAGUUGGUUGCAACCCAGUCGUUCCAAGGCCAAAAAACCUGCUUUGUUUCUAUUGUUUGUUGUCGAUGCCGCUACCAUUUCCACGUUCAGAGCAAUUUCAAGCCUGUUCAGCCGUAUAAUGACCAGCAUCGCCAUCAUAUGCUCGUUCUUUGUUGCCGAAAAUCUGCGGAUGACCUUGGGGAAAACCGGGUAAUUUACGAUGAUACGGUUGGUUAUGCUCGCUACAUCUGUGUGGCUGAUCGAUGCCUAUUCAACGUGGAGAUAUCCGUCCUACCUUGUAGGAUUCCGCCGGAAGAUGUAGCUAAGUUCUAUGACAAUGACCGAACUACACGAAAUCUGAUCCUUGCAAAAGAGGGGGAUCCAGAACGAUACUCGGACUUCAACGAAGUACCAACCAUGAAAUCAGAGACUAUACUCCGCAGAUACCUUUCAGACUCACUCCAGUCUACCAGUGAUCAGCCGUUGAGGAUUAACAAGCGCAACAAGAAGUUCUCUGUGUGUAUGGGUAGUGAUUUCGAUGAUCUCCUGAAAUAUUUAGGGUUUUGCGAGGGAGAAGACGCAGAGACCGGCGAGCCAUGUUGGCUCAUUACCCCCCCUAACAAGGAACAGAACCCGACCCCAGUCCGAACGCUACGAGCCCGAAUGGAGGAUGCGCAGAUAGAGCUCGACAUUAUUAAUAGCGAGGCAACAGUCCCUGCAUGGGAUAAGCUGCUGCAGGUAUUCCAAGGAGACUUUCCUAACGGGCCUGUCGACGCCAAUAUCUCCACAGUCACAGAACCAGACUUGGCCCUACUAGGCUGUUUAGCAAUGUACCCGCCUUUAUAUUUCAGCUGGGCUGCUAUUCUCCUAGCUGGACUGCGCCCCAGGUACCGUGACGAAUAUCUAGAUGCCGCUCUGCGUUGCAUUCAGAAUCGUAGUGAUGAUGCAUCGACUGAGAUCAUCAUGUACAGGUCCCGAUUCGACGAGACAUCCCCUAUUGACAUGAGGGUGCAGGAAGCUUUCGCGUUCUUCCAUACCUCUCCCCACGAUGACACGACGUCGGAUUGGUUUUUGGACAAGUACUAUGAGAUGGCUAAAUAUGACAGGACUGAUGAGUUUAAAGCCCAAGCCCAACAACACCUCGAGGCCAUUGGUAGCUACCUGGGAAGGGAUCUUGUGAGGGCAAUCGACCUGAAAGCUUCGGGGGCAACAGGGGAGUCGGGACUUAUGACAUCGCUUCCUAAUGUUUUAGGGAGAAGAAUGAGCAUUUCCUCAGCAACAAAUCUCCUGGGUGUGGAGUCAGACUGGACGGCGGAGAUCAUUAGGGGCUUUGUCCAACAGCGGGUGCAGGACGAAAACGCAGACAAAACUAAGAUCGUUGAAGCUAUCGAUGUCCUAUCUGAACUUAAGCGACAGCAAGAUAAACCUGAAGAAGCCGCAGAGCUGCAGCAGAUUGCCGAAUUUGUCAAGAUGACUGGGUAUGCACCGAUGCUAACAUCCCAACUUCAUGCAUCACCGAUACUAGGAAACUCCGUUAAUACACCUCCUGGUCUAAAAAACAUCGGCAACACGUGCUACUUAAAUAGUCUUUUACAAUAUUUCUACAACGUCAAGAUCAUACGCGACAUAGUCUUGAAUUUCGACUCGGUAAAGCUUGACCUUGACGAGGAGACGGUUGGACAACGUCGGACGGGAGGAAACGGCACUAGCGUUAAUAUCGAAGAAGCCAUCGUCGCUAGACAAUUUGUCGAGAUGCUUCAGGUGUUAUUUACCGAUUUACAAACAACUGCCGAAGCCGCCGCGCAGCCUUCGCAGAAACUUGCGAACACUGCACUAUCGUCAGCUAGAGACAUUCUAGACCAGCGAUCCCAGAAUAUACCUCCGCCACUGCCAGCACGCCCGUCGCCAGCACCCCCGGUGUUCUCCAAGGAUAAUCCCGAUGCAGCAAACGGAGUGACUAACGACACGGUGAGCAUCACAGUGGAGUCGGUAAAUGAUAAACUCGAAAUGGCUAGUUCCCGGAGUUCCCAAACGCUUGUUGACGACGGGGGAGAUGCACCGAUGUCGUACGCUCAGUUGGAAACCCCGGAUGACAAUGCCCCCGUUCUGCAGCCACAAGACGAUGUCAUGAUGCAAGAUUCAAUCGAAUCCUGGACCCUCGAUGAUAGAAUGGCAGAAGUUUCGCGUCAGCUAGAACGCUCGGAUAGAUCAGGGACAGAGCAGCAGGAUGUCGGGGAAAUUAUCGGCAAUAUACUUGAGCAUUUCAUGCGGGCAAUUCGUCCGGACGGCCCCAUGCCGGAAAAGCCGGAAUUACAAGCAGACAAGAUUACGGAGACGUUCUUUACUACAAUAGUUAAUUAUACUGUUAAGACUAGGAAGGGAAACCCGGCUAGCGAUCUGGUCUCUCACCUAGAAGAGGAUCCGUUGAACGUCGAGAUUGUUCCGGAGCGGUGGAUCACGGCAUAUCCCGAGGAAGCCAUUCAAGCGCCAGAGGGGACAGCUGGUAACACGGGCGGAGCAAACAAUGUGCGAUGUACAUUGUUUGCCGCUUUGGAUCGGUACUUCGCUUAUGAGCCAAUCGACAGCGGGGAUCGCGCACGUUAUAGUAGCAUCAGAUCCCUCCCUCCCAUUCUGCACAUCUGCAUCCAAAGAAGCACACCGAAGGGCAAGAAUAAGAACCCUGUUAUCAUACCGGAGACUUUAUGCCUCGAUCGUUAUAUGGAGGCUGAGAAGGGAUCGCCGGUGUGGCUUGCUCGCAAAAGGUCGUGGGCGUUUAAGGAGCGCAUAAAGGAGCUUGAGGCGAAACCCUCGCAGGAUGUUCGAGAUGUCCCUACACAGUCUCAACAGUAUAAUCAAUUUAAGGAAGCGGAUAUUGAGGAUAUAACGACUAUGGUAACAUCGGCCCUCGACAACGCCGAGGACGCACAUGUGCAACAAGCAUUCUCCGAUGACUUGAGACUGAAACAUAAGCUACCUGAACUACUGGAAUAUGGAAUAUCCAAGAAGAUAGCUACCCCGGCGUCAUUUACUGAUUAUUCGUUCUGCGACAGAGUCGCUGAUAUGUCCUGGGAGGCCACUGAGCCUUUUGAUGAGAUGACUAGAAACGAACUUCUCUACCUGCGUCAGAAAGAGGAGACGAUUUUCGACGCCAUGCAGAAGGAGAAAUACAGUAUCCACGCUGUAAUCUGUCAUCGCGGUGGUACAUCCGCGGGGCAUUAUUGGGUCUGGAUUCGAGACUUUAAACGCAAUGUCUGGUAUCGAUACAACGACGAGACGGUGACGGAAGAUAACCGCGGCACAGAGGCUGUGCUAAGCGACCUGAACGAGACGGGUGAUCCAUAUUAUGUUGCGUACGUUCGAGAUGAGAUAAAAGAUGACCUGGUUGAUGUGCCGCAGCGUCAUAAACUUGAGGCCAACAAUUCCCGGAGCGCGAGUCAGGAUUUUGAGAUGAUCGAGGGUGUAGCGUUCGACUCGGCCGAAGCGUCUCCUAUUAACGGUGGGCAAGCUUCACAUUAG